AUGUCGGCCGAAGACAGUAAGAAUGUCCACGGCGAGAAGCUCAACUUCUUCGCCCAAGGCGUCGGCUUCUUCAAAGAUGGCUACUGCCGCACCGGGCCAGACGACAAACGACAUCUGUCAGUCGCAGCAAUCAUGACCCACGCUUUCCAUCAAUGUGAAUUCGGCGACGGUCCCAAGUACAAGGGUAUUGCGGCGGGCGACAAGACGUGCAUCUCUGCGCACGACUUCAAGGACGCGAUUCGGGAGAUGGGACCCUCCAUGGGUCCGAAGGUGUACCUUUCUGCUACGGACAAGAAGGCGCUUGAUGUCGUGUCUUUGGAGGAGUUAAAGAAGUUCGCGAUUCCAGACGAGAAGAGGAAAAUCAACAGGCAAGUUGAAAGUGUGAACCCGAGUGUUAUUGUGAAGCUUACCGUUUCCAAACUAGGCACACAUUCGACGAUAAUGUAUAACGGGAAACACUGGACGUACAUACCAUUUAAGGACAUAUCGAGAAUUCAUCUUAGUUCAAUGAGUGUCAUUCUGUUCAUCGGCAGAAGUUGCCAUGAUUAUGGUCCGCCACCCGCCUCAAUGACACAAUUCAUGAUCCAAGGUCGCACCUUCAAUCAGUUCAGCGACGAUGGCGGUGGCGAGGAGUCUGGCAAUGAAAGCGGCGACAACAUGAUGUCCAGAUCAACAGCAGCAACGGCGGUCUGCCAGCAAGCAAGAUGA